AGCGGGAAAGGGGCAAUACUAAUGUGCACAACCCGGGCUUGAAUCUCAAUUCCCCCCAUCCUUUCGCCCCCCAUUCUUCCAGCCUUCCUUCCAUUCCCCGUCCCGCCGCCGCUUGCCCCGACCCGCUCGACUCCGGCCUCCGUAGCCUCGGAGGAAGCGGGUUCCCCCUCGGCGCCGCCGGAUCCCUAUCGUCCCCACCGAGGCAGGCACGCUUGCCGCAUCCACGGGGAAGGAUCUCGGUUCUCUCGCGGGCGGCGUUCUCCCCCGACGGCCACCGGCGUGAGAUUCGUCCUCCUGGUGGAGCAGAAGAUUGUCCGCUGAAGGGGAUACGUUGAGGAAUGCCCCGUUGUUCCUGAUCCGGCGGCUGCGAGAACCGAAAUCCCCUCGAGUCCGCGAUCUUAGGCCAACCGCCGCCAAUCCCCACAAUGGAAGGCGGCGGCGUGCUUCUCGGUGUCGCCCGCUCCGAAGCCCCCGGUGGCGACGGCGCCGUGGCGCGCGACGGGUCGGAGCAGUCGCAGAUGCAGGUCGACGGUCCUGUCGUGCUUAACCGAUCUGCAGAGCUCGAACCGAGCGUCGCCAUGGAUAUCGACGAUGGCCCCACUCGGGGCUCGAACCAAGCGGUGCCGGCCACGGGAUCUCCCGCUACGCUGACGGAAACCAUCGUACAAGUGCAGAAGCAGUUGAAGCGGAAGAGGGCUUCGAACGGGCCGGUGAUUGCUGCCGCUGAGAAGGAUGCUCUUGUCGCUGGGUGCCGGCAGGAGCUCGCAGGCUUGUUCGAGUACUACAAGGAGGUUUCCGGCCACAGGCUGCAGCUCGAUGGUGGCAAUCUGUCGAGUAACGCGAUGAUUGGGUGCUUGCUGGAGGAGAGAAAUCUUGGGCUAUCCAAGCUGGUGGACGAGACAUAUGAGAAGCUGAAGGAAUCAGAGGCCAUCUCGGUGGCUUCAGUCCGCAGUUCUGUGCUGCUCAUUGGGCAGAGGAUGAUGUACGGGCAGUCUAGCCCUGAUGCUGAUGUAUUGGAGGAUGAAUCAGAGCUGUCUCUUUGGUGCUGGGAGGUAAGAGAUUUGAAGUUGAUGCCUGUGAGAAUACGCAGUUUUUUAACUGCACGAAGAACUGCCAGAAAGAAAAUCCAUGAGAGGAUCACUGCUAUCUAUUCAACUUUGUCAGUUCUGGAAUCUCCAGGAGCUGAAGCUCAAGUGAACGAACUUAGAAAAAUCUCAAUAAAAUUAAGCAAAGCACUGAACUUGGAAGGGAUCAGAUCAAUGGUAGAAAGGGUGUCACAAAAGAACAGCACUCAACGGGAUGCAAAAGAUGUAGAACCGACAGCUAAUCAGUCAAUGCAGGAAGUGGUGAAAAAUGAUGAAAAUAUUGCCACCGUAGAGAGUGUGAAUGGCUCUGAGUUGCCACAUGGAAACACUCCUGCUAAUGAAAAGUUAACGCAGAAAAUGCAAAAACAAGUUGAGAAGGAAAUAAAACGUCAGGAGAAAGAAGAACAUCAUAUGAUGAAACAACAAAAGAAAGCGCAAGAACAGGCGCUUAGAGAACAAAAAAGAUGUGAAAAAGAAGAAGCUGAAGCUAAGAAGCGACAAAGGAGGCAGGAAGAGGAAUCACUGAAAGAACAGAAGCGACGUGAAAAGGAAGAAGCUGAAAUGAGGAAACAACAAAAGAGGCAGCAAGAGGAAGCUGAGAAAGAACAGAAACGUCUUGAUAAAGAAGCUGCACAACUCAAGAAGCAGCUGACCAUUCAGAAGCAAGCUUCUUUGAUGGAGCGUUUUUUGAGAAGUAAGAAGGACGGUGAAAAACUUGAUAAAUCUGGAGAGAAAGACUCAGGUGCACGCAAUGUUGAUCCAUGCACCACCAGCUUAGAGAUGGUAUCAGCUGCUACAUCAUUAAUUGAUUCUUCCUUCUCUCUGAAAGAGAACUGGACUUUGGAGUAUCUUCAGAGGUUGCAGAUCAGCAGUUGGCAAAAGUUAUCAAGAUAUAACAGGUCCUCCAGGUGGGGUAUCAGAUGCAAACCUAAGAAGGAGGCAUUUAAAGAGCUCAAGCUUCAAAAGACCUCAGAUGACAUGCUUGAUGAAAUAAAUUCUACUCCAAGUGAAGAUACCUGCCACAACUCAAGUCAAGAAAAUGAAUCAAAUAAGAUAGUAAAUGAUGUCGAUAUGGUUCCGACCAGUGAGAUGCAAUGUCAUGUCACUGCCAAUGCUAAUUCUGUGCCAGCUAGACUAAUAAAGAGAAAGCUUCUGCAAUUUGCCAAAAGUAACAGGCCAGCCUAUUAUGGGACUUGGAGGAAAAAAAGUGCUGUUGUUCGUCCAAAGUGUCCACUUAAGAUGGACCCUGAUCUUGAUUAUGAAAUUGAUAGUGAUGAUGAAUGGGAAGAGGAGGAUCCUGGUGAGAGUCUUUCUGACUGUGAGAAGGACAAUGAUGAGGUUAUGGAGGAAGAUUCUAAGAUUACUGAUGAUGAAGAAGAAGAUAGCUUUGUUGUGCCUGAUGGUUACCUCUCCGAUAAUGAGGGGAUUCAGAUAGAAAGUCUAUUGGAUGAUAAGGAUGAUGAUGCAAGUAGUUUGCCACCCAGCCAUUGUCCAGAAGUCGAGGAAUUCAGAACUUUGCUACGCCAGCAAAAAGUGCUUAACAAUUUAACCGAACAGGCUCUCCGUAAGAGCCAACCUUUAGUAAUAUCCGACUUAACUCAUGAAAAAGCUGAAUUAUUAACCGCUGGGGAUCUCAAGGGAACGUCUAAGGUUGAGCAGCUUUGUCUACAAGUUCUUUCAAUGCGUAUCUGUCCUGGAGGUUCAGUUGCCGAUGCACCAGUCGAUGACAGUUCAUUUGCAACUGCUGAAGAAACCAACCAGUUGAAUGUAAAAAGUAGUCCUGCCGCUGGAUCUGCUAUACUGGAUACCGAUCUACCAGAAAUUGUUGGGGUAAUACGGUCAAAUAGAGAUGGUAUCAACAAGCUGGUUGAGUUACUGCAUCAGAAGUUUCCAAGUGUCUCGAAGAUACAACUGAACCGUAAAGUGAGGGAGAUAUCUGACUUUGUUGAUAACCACUGGCAGGUGAAGAAAGAGGUUCUUGCCUAUCUGGGCUUAAAUUCCUCACCUGAGAAUCUUCCUGAGAAGAUGAAACGAAUAGCCAAUAGUACACCGAAGACGAAAGGAAUAUCAAGGUACUUCUCAAAGCGGUGUUUACCUCCAGAAGAGGUCAUCAACGCCCUAGCAUCUUCACCUUAACUCCGUUUGAAAUCAAAAACUGCUCAAGGUGGCACCGGUGUUCCUGAAGUUGAUCUGUUCCCCUCGUCACAGUGAUGGUCUUAACAAGCUGACUCUGAAAGCGUCUUCCUCAUUCUGUCCAUGGCUUAGGCGAAAAAAAGGUGGUCCAUGGAUGAGCAAAACAAGCAGAAGCUACUAGCUAGGCAAUAAUGGUGUAUGCGAUCUCCUCCAAGUAGUACAUGCAUUUUGACAGGUUUCUUGGUUUAUGGACAGAGUGAAGUGUUGAUGUAUCCACUUCUUAAUGGACCCGUUCUGACAGUUAUGCUGAUAAUGUUUUUCUCUCUGCAUGCGGCUGCAAUUCAUGUGCUAUCCUUGUAGACCUGCCAUUUCUUUUGUUUUUUCAUUCGCCUCAACAAAUCUUGUAAUUUAGCGUGUCCGAUCUUGUGAUACUCACUAGCACAAAUCUUAAUGUGACUGGCUGUUGGAUGAGCUAAA